UUAAGUGAGGGAAUUUGCCUGACCUAGGUCUGUUUCCUUAACCCCCAACGUUAGGCAUGUUGCGCUCGUAGGAAGUAUGUCCUAGAUUCCAGUCCUAGAAACCAAAAUCCCCUUCACUGACAGCAGGAGCGGCCAGAGGACACAGGACACUGGUGCUGGAAAUGGAGUCAGUGAGCUUUGAGGAUGUGGCUGUGAAGUUCACCCAGGAAGAGUGGGCUAUGCUGGAUCCAUCCCAGAAGAAGCUGUACAAGGAUGUGAUGCAGGAAACCCUGAGGAACCUGGCUUUUAUAGGAAACAAGUUGAAAAACCAGAAGAUUGUAAGUGAGUAUGAAAAUCUCUGGAGAAAACUAAGCAGCCAACUGGUAGAGCAAUUCUAUGAAUAUAAAGAAAGCUUUCAGUGUACAGAAAUCUGCAGCUGGAUUCCAGAGCCUUCUGUGAACCUGAAAUCUUGUCCAGGACUUGCCCCAUGUGAAAAGCAUGUGUGUGGAGAAGGGAGCAUUGGCUGUUCAUCGCUGGGUGUGCCCCUGAACCAUCAGGUAGGACACAAACCUCAUGAAGACCAGGAAUAUGGACAGAAGUUGUGUGAACAUAAGGAGUUUGGGGGUAGCUCCAGUUCUCUUCUGUCCCUUCAGAUGCAUAAAAGUGCUCACCCUGGAGAGAAACCUUCUGAAAAUAAAGCGUUCAAAGAAGAUCUUCUAUGUGUCGGAUCUGGUCAGAGGAAUGAAGAACACGACCAUGCAAAAAAAUCUUACAUUUGCAAGCAAUGUGGGAAAGGCUUCACGCAUCCCAGUCCUUUACAAAGACAUGAAAAAGGUCACAGUGUUAAGAAGCCCUAUGUUUGUGAACUGUGUGGGAAAGGCUUUGCUCGGUUUGGUAACCUCUUAAGACAUCAGGCAGCUGACAGGGGUGAGAAUCCUUUUCUGCCUAAUCAUUAUGGGAAAACUUUUUCUCGUUCUGCUUGCCUUCGAAGACGUAUGGGAAUUCACAGUGGUGAGAAACCCUAUGUGUGUGAGCAGUGUGGGAAAACUUUCCUUGAUUCUACUUACUUCCGAAUACAUAGAAGGAUUCACACUGGUGUGAAACCGUAUGUGUGUAAGCAAUGUGGGAAAGCCUUCACCGCUUCUCGUUACCUUAAAUCACAUGAACUAACUCACACUCGGGAAAAAUCUUAUGUAUGUAAGCAAUGUGGGAAUUCCUUCACGUUUUGGUAUCAGUUUCAGAAGCACAAAGUAAUUCACAGUGGCGUGAAUCCCUAUGUUUGUAAGCAAUGUGGGAAAGGCUUUACUUACUCCAGUUCCCUAAAAACACAUGAAAGAAUUCACACUGGUCAGAAGCCCUAUGUGUGUAAGCACUGUGGGAAAACCUUUGGUAGUUCUGGUAACCUUAAAAGACAUGGAAGUACUCACACUGGAGAGAGACUCUAUGUAUGCAAACAAUGUGGGAAAUCUUUUAAUAAUCACAGUUCAUUUCAGUUCCACAAAAGAAUGCACACUGGAGAGAACCCCUACAAGUGUAAGCAGUGUGGGAAGGAUUUAGCUUCUUCUUCCUCCCUUCAGAGCCAUGAAAGGAAUCACUCUGGAGAGAAGCCCUAUGUGUGUUUGCAAUGUGGGAAGGCUUUUAGUUCUGACAGUUCCCUUCGAAAACAUAAAAUAAUGCACAGUGAAGAAAAACCCUAUGAAUGCAAGCAAUGUGGGAAAGCUUUUCGUCGCUUUUUUGAGGUCCGAGUCCAUGAACGAAUCCACAACAGCGAGAGACCCUAUCAGUGUAAGACGUGUGGGAGAGGCUUUUCCAGUUCAACUCAUUUACGAAGACAUGCACCAGUUCACGGUAGAGCAAAUAAGGAUGUUUGCAAAUAACAUGAGAAAGUCUCUUGUGUACUUCUCACAGAAAUCAAACAACACAGAACAGCUUAUGCUAUCCAUGUGGGAAAAUGUCAAACAAUUUGUAGAGAAACUAUUCCUUUGAAUCAAUGUGGCUUUUAGCACUAGAAGUUCCCUUCAACUACAUGAAAGUAGACACACCAGAGAAAAGCUGCAAGCAACAUGAGUUGCUUCUGAGUUCUUUUCAUUGUGGAGAAGAUGCUAUGCACACAGUGUAGAUAGCCUUUAGUUCUUAGGGGCCCUCAAAAGAUAUUGUGGUAGUCAUUUUGAGGAGAAACCCUUCAAAUCUAAUUUGGUGGUUUGAAUAAAAAUGUUCCAAAUGUGUUAAUAUAUUUGAAUGCUCAGUUACCAGGAAAUGGAAGUGUUGGGAAGAAUGUAAGAAUUAGAAGGCGUGGCCUUGAUGGAGUAGAUGUGAACUUCUUAGAAGUGUGACACUGGGGGUGGACUUCGAGGUUUCAAAAGCCUGUGCAGAUCCAGUCACUCUUUCUCUGUCAGUGCUUAUAGUUCAGGAUGUAGCUCUCAGCUACUGUUCAAGCACCAUGGUCCCAGCCAUGCAAUAAUGGACUAAGUCUCUGAAACUGUAAGAAAGCCCCCAAUUAAAUGAUUUGUCUUAUAAGA